GAUUCUGGACUUUCGCCGCGUCCCUCCCGUGGCCGGCAGACUCGUCAACAUGACCAAGGAGAUCCGAGAUGUCACGCGGGAUAAAAAGCUCUGGCGGACCUUUUUCAUAUCGCCAGCCAACAACGUGUGUUUCUACGGGGAAUGUUCGUACUACUGCUCCACGGAGCACGCCCUCUGCGGCAAGCCCGACCAGAUCGAAGGAUCCCUGGCCGCCUUCCUCCCGGACCUUGCCCUCGCAAAGCGCAAAACCUGGAGGAACCCGUGGCGACGCUCCUACCACAAACGCAAGAAGGCAGAGUGGGAAGUGGACCCGGACUACUGCGAGGAGGUCAAACAGACUCCCCCCUACGACAGUGGGACCAGACUUCUGGACAUAAUGGACAUGACCAUCUUUGACUUUCUCAUGGGAAACAUGGACCGGCAUUAUGAUGAAGAAGUUUGGGCACAAAACCCACUCCAUGACGAAAGAAGUCCAUCCUGGGUUCCAACUGACGGCAGGCUGCAGGUUACCCAAAAAAUGAGGGCGUGCGGGGGGCUGAAAAGCGCACGUACGCGCGCCUUGCCGUGGGUGCCGACGUUUGCGCUGCUGGCUAAGGAGGAGUACAAGGUUGUCCCACACUGGUGGCCGGAAUCCCUGGUGAGGGACCGUUUCUCAGUGCCCAUUCCUUCAUCCAGCCCCACAUGA